AUCUGAUGAUGCCAAUGGGUAUGAGAAAUUGCUUUCUGAUAUUAUUAAUCAUGAGAAAACUCAUACUAGUGAGAAGUUUAAUGAAAUUAAGAAAAAUGAGAGCAUCUUCUAUCAUAGUGAGGAUUUUAUUCAACAACAAAAGAUUCACACUGUGGAGCAACUGUUUGAAUAUAAUGAAUGCAUUAAAGCCUUCCACAGUAAUGCUCUCUUCAUUACACAUAAGGGAACUCACACAGGAGAAAAAUCAUGUGAUUAUAAUGAAUGUGAGAAAAUUUUCAGGUAUGAGUCAAACCUCAUGUUACAUCAGGUAAUUUACUCAAGGAAGAAUCACUAUACAUUUAAUGGAUGUGGGGUAACCUGUGAUAAGUCAGUCCUUUGGAAGAAACGUCCUAGAAUUCAUAUGAGUGAGAAAUACCAUGAGUGUGAUAUAUGUGGGAAAACCUUCCUCCGAAAAUCAAAUCUCACAGUACAUCACAGAACGCACACAGGUGAAAAACCCUAUAAAUGUAAUGAAUGUGGGAAACCCUUUUACCAUAAGCCAGCCCUCACUGUACAUCAAAGAAUUCAUACAGGAGAGAGAAUGUGGGAAAUAUGGGAAUGUGGGAAAACUUUCUACCAGAACUCAGCUCUCUGUCAGCAUCAAAGAACACACACAGGGGACAAGCCUUACAAAUGUAGUGAAUGUGGAAAAUCUUUCUCCCAAAAGUCAGACCUGACUGUGCAUCAGAGAUCUCACACAGGAGAAAAACCUUAUAAAUGUAAUGAAUGUGACAAAUCCUUUAGUAUAAAGUCAAAACUCACUGUACACCAGAGAAUACACUCAGAGGAGAAGCCCUAUGAGUGUAGUGAAUGUGGGAAAAUGUAUUACAUGAAGUCAACCCUCAGUAAACAUCAAAGACUUCACAUAGGGGAGAAAAUAUAGGAAUGCAGUGAAUGUAGGAAGACCUUCUGUGGGAAGUCAAUUCUCCUUAAACACAGAACUCAUACAGGGGAGAAACCUUAUGAAUGUGUAGAAUGUAAGAAAACCUUUUCUGAGAAGUCCUCUCUCAGUAAACAUCAUAGGAUUCAUACUGGGGAGAAACCCUUUGAAUGUAACAAAUGUGGGAAGGCAUUCUGCCAAAAGUCCCAACUCAUUCAACAUCAGAGAAUUCAUACAGGGGAGAAACCCUAUGAACGUAAAGAAUUUAAGAGAACAUUUUGCCAGAACGCAUCCCUCAAUGUACAUCAGAGAACACACACAGGAGAGAAGCCCUAUCAAUGUAAUGUAACGUGUGGAAAAUCUAUUUAUGAUAGUUCGACCCUCAUUAAGCAUAUGAGGAUUCAUCAGGGGAGAAACCCUAUAAAUGUAAUGAAUGUGGGAAGACCUUCAGCCACAAACCAAUUCUUGCCACACAUCAGAGAACACACACAGAAGAGAAGCACUGUAAAGAUGGAUGAAACUGUUGCUGUAACUCAGAACUUUUGGCCUGACAGUAUAUCUAGGGAAGUAACCCUAUGGUUGUAAUGAAUGUAGGAAGAACUACCAGAAGUCAGCCUUCAGUUUACAUUAUAGGACUCCUACAGGAGAGAUACCUGGCAAUGUUUUUACCAAACUGGUCACAGAACAAGUCGUUCUCACCUGCUGAUGCACCUGCUCUUGCAUCCAGGUAGAUGAGAUGCAUGAUGAUGUGCAUGAGAACUGGCCAAUGGGAUGUGAGUAUAAUGAUGUAAUUCUCUUCUGGUCUGACAUAUAAUGGCCUCCAUGUCAAUUCUUUAUAGUCUCUGUUCUCUUUGGGGGUAGGAUAUAGAAUUCCUUCUGUCGAGGGGUCAGCACUCACUGUAUGUUGGUGAAGUCACACAAGAGUAGAAAUUUCUUUCAACAUCUUGAUGUUUCAAAACCUAAUCCACAAAUGAAAUUGCCUGUAACUGGAGAAAUCAGAGUUAAGAAAUCUUGAGAUUGCAACAAAUUUAGAAAAGCCUUUACAAGAAGGCUUGUAUCUUGUUCAAUUCUCUCAUUGAGCCUCAGGUAAAUAAUAAACUAAAACCUUAUAAGCACAUGGUUUUCUGAAAGCUUUCAGAAACAAAAACAUACUUUGUUGAAACAAAGGUGAAACAAAACAUACUUUGUGGUAUUUCAGAGAAUGAUUACUGAGGGAAACCGAAUUUAGAAAAUACAUUUAAGUUGUAACAUAGGAAAUACAGAGGCCAAGUAUACAUUUUUCACUUCUAGCACAAGUCUGAAUUUAAGAAACUGCUGUGAACAGAAAGCUAAUUGUACUUAUCACCAUAAAAUGUAUUCAUUAAGAAGCCCCAUCAUUGAAUAUCCUGAAAUGUUUAAUUGGGGUAUCUAAGUAGGUUUGAGUGUGCCAAACCCAACUUAGUUGUAACUUGGGAACUGUUUGUAUAUAACAUGCCAUAUGUUCUUUGCCUUCCUGGUAUUGGCAACCAUGAUAUGAUGCAAGAGUUAGCAAACAUUUUCUGUGAAAGGCUAAAUAGUAAAUACUUUAACCUUAGAGGUUACAUAUGCUUUCUGUCACUUUUUUUUUUUUUUUUUUUUACAACCUGUUAAAAAUGUAAAAAGUCAUUCUUAGCUCAUGGGCCAUUGAAAAACAGACGUGGCCAGAUUUAGCUUGUAGGCCAAGUUUGUGAGCCCCUGAUAUCAUGGUUAAAAGCAAGGACUCUGGAACUUUAUUUCCUAGGCUCAAGUCCCAGUUCUGUUGCACAUUAGCCAUGUGGCCUGGGAUAAAUCCCUUAACAUUUGUUCCUCAGUUUCCUUAUUUGCAAAAUGAUGAUCCUGACAUUAUACUACUACACGGAGUUCUAGUAAGGACCAGGUAAGUUAAUAAAUAUAAAAGUAUUAAACCACUGUAUAGAAUACUACAAGUGUUAGCUAUUCUGUGACUAGCAGUGGAUUUGUUAGAGCUUUUACAGGCUUUUGAUUACCUACUCAACAGCUGUCCCUCACUCCAUGCUAGUAGACCAGUUGUUUUUGUUUCAUUGUCCAUCUUCUAUAUAAUUCAGGAAAUGAAUAAUAAUUGAUCUAACCUGAAUUUUUUCCAGCUUAUUGAGGUAUAACUGACAAAAUUAUAAGAUAUUUAAAAUGUAUAAUGUGAUGAUUUAAGUGUAUGUGUAAGAAGAUGCCCCUGUCAAAAAAAAAUAAAAUAAAAUAAAAUAAUAAAAAAUUAAAAAAAAAAAAAAGAUGCCCCUGUCAAGUUAAUUAACUAACCAUCAUUUCACAUUUUUACUAACCUCACUCCUCUUUUUUGGUGAAAACCUU